AUGAUUACCCUCUCAGCUCUCUCUCUGCUAGAUUGUGCUGUGGUAGCACUGACGGUUAUUCUGCUCAAGAAUGUGAUCACAGGCAAACGCAAGGGUGCACUUCCUCCCGGGCCGAAAGGCUGGCCUAUCAUCGGUAAUGCCUUGGGCAUGCCCACCUCUCAUCACUGGAAAACAUUCACUGAAUGGAGCGAGAAAUGGGGCGAGAUGACGUCUUUUACAAUUUUCGGCCAGCCAAUGGUGAUGUUGAACUCGCUAGAGCACGCCGUUGAACUUCUAAACCGGCGAAGUACACUCUACUCCGAUCGUCCGAUCCUCCUAGUGGCCGGCAAGCUUGUAGGGUGGGACCAAGUUAUUACAUUGGCACCGUACGGUGCACAGCACCGUGAGCAUCGCCGCUUGUUGUCGCGCUGGGCCGGAACUCGUAGCAGCGUUAUGCGCUUCGCGCCAAUAUUUGAGCGCGAGGUCACCAAAAUGAUUGUGCGUCUCGCGCAUCAGCCGGACGGGCUUGUCGAAGAACUCAAGAAGAUGGCUGGCGCUAUCAUCCUAGACAUUACCUAUGGAUACAGAGUGCAGAAUGACGAUGAUCCUCUGGUCCGCGUUGUGGAUUUAGCAGCGGCAAAUUUCUCUGAGCUGACCACACCGGGGGCCUGCCUUGCAGAUACUUUCCCUAUCUUGAAUUAUGUGCCUGCAUGGAUGCCGGGUGCUGGCUGGAAACGGAGAGCUUUUGCUGCUGCUCGGGACACCCACUCCAUGCUUGAGAUACCCUAUGCCAUGGUAAUGGAACAAAUGGCUGCUGGUUCUGCUAUUCAUAGCUUUACGUCAGACAGUCUGGAAGAGAAGAGCAGUGAAGAACAUCACAAUAAUGUUAAAUCAGCUGCAGGUGUAAUGUACGCGGCUGGCGCCGCCACCUCUGUGGCCACAAUGCACAGCUUCUUCCUAGCUAUGAUUUGCUUUCCUGAGGUGCAGAAGAAGGCGCAACUAGAAAUCGAGGCUGUGGUUGGCACCGAUCGACUUCCGACUCUAGCUGAUAGAGAUUCUCUCCCAUUCGUCAAUGCCCUUUGCACUGAGCUUCAUAGGUGGAAUCCUGCCCUUCCACUUGGCGUAACUCAUCGGCUCAUUGAAGAUGAUGUAUACGAAGGUUACCAUUUCCCAAAGGGCACACUGUUCACUGUGAAUGUUUGGAAAAUUCUCCAUGAUUCAGUGAAUUAUAAAGAUCCUUUGGAAUUCAAUCCUGACAGAUUCAUAGCUUCGGGCGAAAAGGAGUCCGAGUUGGAUCCACGCAAUGUCAUGUUUGGAUUUGGUAGACGUGUCUGCACAGGUAUUCAUCUCGCCGAUGCCACCUUGUUUAUGGCAUGUACGCGAACACUGGCCAUUUUCAACCUCUCGAAGCCGAUCGAGAAUGGGAGAGUGAUAGAACCCGUUGUUGAAUACCAGACCGGAACGAUCAGCCAUCCCCCUUUGUUCAAAUGCGCAAUCACGCCUCGUUCGGCCAAAGCGGAAGCACUACUACAUUCACUGGAAGUUGAAGCACUUCAGGAAUAA